AUGGAAAAUUUACUGAAAAGACAGAAGGAGUUGGGCGAUCUUGCUGCGCUGGAAGAACAGAAAAUCCUUAGCGGCAAAAUAAGGAAAGCUUCAUGUCUCGAAUAUAUUCAACAUAUUCAAACAGUGAGGACGGAAUUUAAUGGAAAUCAUGCCAAAAUUAUGGCUAAACCGAGCCAAGAAGCUGACGAAUACAUUGCCAAGAAGUAUUACGAGCAUGUUAUUCAGGUAAUGGAAAAGUCCAUUCAGCAUUUAAAAAUACAAAAUGCAGCCGAAGAUUUACCAACAGUAAGCGGCAACCAACUUAAACCUGAAUCGAUGGGAGAAAGGAGUGAGUUCGAGCCAUCAGGUACUAAUUCCGACGUAGAAAGGAGAUUUCAACGUCGAGGAAAAAUGCUCAGAAUGACCAUAGAAGAAAUUCAACAAAAUGAAUUGGAUUCUGUCGAAGAAAUAAGAGAAUUCAAAACUAAGCUUCAAAUACAGUUUGAAUAUGUAGAAGAAGCUUUUUCUGAAACUCGCAGUGUCCAUUUAAAAGCCAUUACUAAAGACUCAAUAGAAGAACAAAUGGAGGACUUCCGAGAAAAAUACAGCGUUAACAUUGAGAAGUUAACAGAUAAAUUGAAAAGGUGCACGCCAACACAAGCUGUUUCAUCUACUAUGAAACUACAGGAGAUUAAGAUUCCGAUAUUUUAUGGCGAGAUGAAUCAAUGGUCAUCAUCUAGCGAUCUUUUCCAAGGUUUGGUGCAUAAUUCGAAGCACUUUACUGAAGUAGAAAAGAUGUUCCGGCUGAAGACGUCAUUAGGAGGAGAAGCUGGAAGAUUAAUUCAGCAUUUACCGGUAACCGAAUACAACUAUGAAGCCGCUUGGCAAAUCCUCCAGGAAAGAUAUGAAAACAAAAGGCUGCAAUUCACAACACAAGUGGACAGACUUCUUGAUCAACCAACAGCAAAUGGGGAAAGUGCGGCAAGCAUGAAGCAGCUUUUGGAUACCACCAAGGAAUGCAUUUAUGCUCUUAAAGGGCUUAAAUUGAAUUUAAAUGACGAGCAAGCAAUUAUAGCUCGGAUAGUUGUUCGGAAACUAGACAAAGAAAGUCUCCGGUUAUAUGAGCAGAAUGUCAAGAAAACUAGGGAUAUCCAAAGCCUAGAUGAUGUUUUCCGUUUUCUGGAGCAGCAAUAUCAAGCUCUAGAAGCUAUACGAGACAGGAAAACAACUAAAUGGAGCAAUCAAAAGCAGCCACAACCAGCACCCACAUUCUAUACAGCUGCACAAAAGACCUGUAUAUAUUGCAAGAUUCAAAUUGUUGAAUGCAGAAGGUUCCAGGCAUUGACUACGAUGAAUCGUAGAGGUUUCAUAGUAAACAAUAAGCUAUGCAAUAUUUGCCUCGACCACGUAUAUGAAGGCAAUUGCAAUUUACUGCAUUACAAUGAAUUCCAGAAGGAAAAAGGAGCAGGUGAAGAAAAUGCUAUAAAAAAAUCAUCCACUAUGAUGACAAAAAACUCCGAAACAGCAAUACUUCUAGCAACACCCCAGAUAAGAGUGAAGGCGGCAAAUGGAGAGUACGUGACAUUGCGAGCACUAAUCGAUCAAGGAUCACAGAAGACUACCAUUUCUGAAGAAGCCGCUCAAACACUACACUUACCAAAGAGAAGAGAAGUAACUGAGCUACAAGGGCUAGGAAAUACUAUAGUGGGAGUCUCCAAAUUUAAAGUCAACAUUGAAAUCAGGCCGAGAUUCCUAAGCAACGAAGUGGACAAUGUCGAAGCACUGAUUUUGCCGAAAUUGGCGAGUCAGAUCGAAUCGACGUCGUUAUUGGAAGAGAUGUACAUAUAUGCCGACAUAUUAGAAGAAGGCAUAUUUAAGAAAGAUCGAAUACUAGGCCAAGCUACGAAAUUAGGAUGGAUAUUGUCGGGAGUUUUACAACAACCUAGAAAAAAUGGUAGAAUUCUAGCGGCGGUGACCACAACGUUGGAGAAGUUUUGGGAAGUAGAAGACACCACAGCACCAACAUAUAUAGAAGAUGGUGAUGAAUGUAUGAAGAUAUUUGAUAAAACGACAAGAAGAGAUGAAAAUAAUAGAUUUGUCGUCAAUCUACCUUUUAAGAAAGAAAAAGAGUUAGGCGACUCUCGCAAACAAGCAAUGGCGAGGUUUCUUAAUCUUGAGAAAAAGUUGGCUUCAGAUGACAACCUAAGAAAACAAUAUGUGCAAUUUAUGAGAGACUAUUUAGAAAUGGGCCACAUGAAAAAAGCAAGUGGAAAUACAUGCGGAAAAUACUAUUUGCCACAUCAAGCCGUAAUUCGAGAAGGCAGUCUCACAACUAAACUACGAGUAGUUUUCGAUGCAUCUGCAAAAACUACAAAUGGAAGUAGUUUAAAUGACAUCCUUUUAAUAGGCCCGAGACUUCAAAAAGAUAUAUUCGACAUAAUUAUCAAAUGGAGACUUUGGCAAUAUGUGUUAACAGGUGAUAUUGAAAAGAUGUAUCGACAAAUUAAAGUAGCAGAAAGUGAUCAAGAUUAUCAACGUAUAUUGUGGAGAGAAGCGAAAGAAGGGCCGAUAGGAGAAUACAAACUGCAAACAGUUACGUAUGGAACAGCAUCCGCUCCUUUUCUUGCAACGAGAACUUUACAAGAAAUUGCCAAAUCCUGCGAGCCUUACAAUUGUUUGCUUUCAAACAUCAUUAAAAACGACUUCUACGUGGACGAUUUAAUGACAGGAGCAGAUUCAAUAAAUGAUUGUAAGGUCAUUCAGUUCGAAAUUUCGAAACAACUACAAAAAUAUGGAUUUCACUUAAGAAAGUGGAUGUCUAAUAACAGUGAGAUUAUAGCAACCAUUCCAACAAAUAGCGAAAAUGAGGUAAUAAAAAUAGCAGAAGACGAAACAGUUAAGACAUUGGGAAUAGUUAUGGACGAAUGUGAAGAUAUCCAAACUUCGAUAAUCAAUUUACUAAUUGACAUAAAUCGUGGUCGCAUAAAUCCAAAACUAAUAAAACCUUCACAACUUAAUAAAGAAAUUGCACUUAUCAGAAACAAGCUGCCACACAAAUUAGUACUACCUGGAAAACAGUUCGGUAAUGAAUUAAAAGAAAUCUAUAAGUCGAUGACUGCUAAAGGAUGCAUACAAAUUAAAUCCACUGCCAAUAAAAUACAAAGGGAACAUGAUUAUCCCUGA